AUGGCAGCGUUCAAAUCAAAUCACGACAUCCAAAUACUACUUGGAGGGAAAAAUGUGGUUAAUCUCAUUUACUAUUACUGCAAAUACGUCACCAAGACACAGCAUCAAGUUGAUUCUGUCGCCGCAGUCGGUCUUGCGGCCUUCCAACGACGAGAGGACAAGGAGCUGGUUGAACAAAACGAAGGUGUGGUGAAAUCAGAUAAUCUACAAGUCAGCAAGAAACGGGUGGCUGCUCUAGCAUUUAACUUGACGACCCGGCAAGAAAUGGCUGGACCUCUGGUGGCUUGGUAA